GCCAUUCCCAAUUCUCGCGUAUUGGAUCCUUACAGCCCCGCCUCCCCAUGGUAGGCAGGCUGAUUUAUUGGCAAGCUGCAGUUCUGGAGAGUUGUGGCUGCUGAAAACAGGGAUUUGUUACAACGUAUCUUCACCAUCACAUUGCAUAUACUUGAUUGCGAUAGUCUUAACAGGAUUCGCCUGAAAAAAGGUCAGCUCACGAGCCAUGAAGUUGCUUCCUGCCAUUUUUGCCUUACUGUGGUGUGUUGCUGCUAGCCUGACGUGGGCUGCCAAAAUCGUUGUUGUGCCUCCUAUCAUGUUUGAGAGCCACCUAUACAUCUUCAAGACCCUGGCUUCUGCCUUACACCAAGAAGGACACGAUACUGUCUUCCUUGUUUCCGAGGGCCGUGAGGUGCCCCCAUCUCAUCACUACCGCUUUCAGCGAUACCCAGGCAUCUUUAACAGCACCACAGCGGAUGAUUUUCUACAGUCCAAGAUGAAGAACAUCUUCUCAGGACGUCUGACUGCACUAGAACUCUUUGACAUCUUGGCGCACUACUCCCAGAACUGCGACCUUAUGGUUGGAAACCAGAACCUCAUGUCUCGCCUCAGGGAAGAAGAGUUUGACCUGGUCCUGGUUGACCCCAAUGAGAUGUGUGGCUUUGUCAUUGCUCAUCUCCUAGGGGUGAGGUAUGCAGUCUUUAGCACAGGUCUGUGGUACCCAGCAGAAGUAGGGGCUCCAGCCCCCUUAGCAUAUGUUCCUGAAUUUAACUCCCUUCUCACAGACAACAUGAACCUUUUCCAAAGGAUUACAAACACAGCAGUCUACUUGGUCUCGCGCUUUGGGGUGCAGUUUUUAGUACUGCCUCGGUAUGACCAAAUCAUGAAGAAGUACGACAUACAGCCAGAGGUGUCAAUGUAUGACUUGGUUCAAGGGAGCAGCCUCUGGAUGCUGUGUACAGACAUGGCCCUGGAGUUUCCACGGCCUACUUUACCUCAUGUGGUGUAUGUGGGAGGCAUCCUCACUAAACCUGCCAGCCCUCUACCAGAAGAGUUCCUAACAUGGGCUGAUACAACAGAAGAACAUGGCUUUGUACUGGUGUCGUUUGGAGCUGGAGUCAAGUACUUAUCAGAUGAUAUUGCGCAUACGUUGGCCGGAGCGCUGGGUCGGCUUCCUCAGAAGGUGAUUUGGAGGUUUUCAGGUACAAAACCCAGCAAUUUAGGAAAUAAUACUAAACUUGUGGAAUGGAUGCCACAAAAUGAUCUUCUUGGUCACGCAAACAUUAAAGCAUUCCUCAGUCAUGGAGGUUUGAAUAGUAUUUAUGAAGCGAUGUACCAUGGUGUGCCUGUAGUGGGUAUCCCUUUGUUUGGAGACCAUUAUGACACAAUGACACGAGUGCAAGCUAAAGGAAUGGGGAUCCUUCUGGAAUGGAAGAAGAUGACAGAAGAAGAGCUCUAUCAGUCAAUGGUUAAAGUCAUACAAGAUUCCAGGUACAGACAAGAUGCUCAGUUGCUAUCCCAGAUCCACAAAGACCAGCCUGGUCACCCUGUAAGCCGCACAGUCUACUGGAUCAAUUAUAUUCUCCGCCACAAUGGAGCCAAGCAUCUUCAUUCAGCUGUGUCCAGCAUCCCUUCUUAUCAAUACUUCCUUCUGGACGUAGCUCUAGUUAUGUUAGUAGGGACACUUAUAAUUCUGUAUACACUGUCCCGGAUUGUAAAAUUGAUUGCUGCAAGAGUGUGGUCUAGCUCAGUACAAAGCAAGGCCAAUGGACACUGCCAUAAUGGGAUACCAAAUGGCAAACACAGAAGAAAUGGCCACAUUAAACAUGACAAGAAGGUAAAAUGAGCAAGCUGAUGGUUCUUUAGUAAGCUAGUAUCAUUCAAAAUGAGUUUAUUGGUUUCACGAUAGCUUCUCUUUUAACAUACCUUUUAUAAUUAAUCUACUGUACUGUUGAACUGUUGGUAAUUUCAACAAACAAACAAAAAAAAUCUUUCAUUUAUUAGUAUUUUGCUAAUUUUCCUACAAAACACCUUAUUUGUUUCUUUUGAGGACAAAUACCCAGUUCAUUGUCUGUCUCUGUCUGUCUAUCUGUCUAUCUAUCUAUCUAUCUAUCUAUCUAUCUGAAAAACAUAUGGUAUUUCUUUAUAAAAUGUCCCUAUAUGUCCCAGGUGAUCAAUAUGAUACUUUUGGUAUCUUUUUUUUUUUUUUUUUUUUUUUAAUGCUGAAUCCUCAGAUUGCACGGUGAAAGUUUAACACAUCAGCAGUAACAUCACUAAGAUUUUAGUAAAAAAUAUAAAAUACAAACAUGUACAAUUAUUGAGUGUUAAGGCCUAUUCAGACCGGACGCACUGUGACAAGCAAAUCUGUAAUACGACACACCGCACCACAACAAAAAUAUAUUAGUUUUGAUAUGAACCAUUCACACAGCCUGCGAGGCGACGAGGCGACACUGAAGCAGAGCAAAAAUAAAUAAAUAGGAUUGGUGUCUAUUUUUGCAAUUUUUGUUGUGCGUCAGUUAGGGAACUGAACAAAGACCAAUCAGAGAAGAGUCACCCAUCGCAUCAUACAUGCCUGUCGUCACUGGUGUGAAAGGUAGUGUUGAGCGAAAGUAUCACCUUAUUGCAGGACAAAUCGCAUCGUGUCUGGUGUGAAUAGGCCUUUAGACUCCAAGUGAGUUUUGUAUAGACACAUUGGUUUCUGGCAUUAGAAUUCCUGAGUUCAUGUUAUCCCCAGACAUUUGUAAGAAAUACCUAGCUGUGUUCUUUCUUGAAAACUGGAAACUGAGACGGAACUUGCAUUUCCAUUCCAGGUAAUCUUGAUGGGUACUGUAUAUAUUCUACAGGUACAAAUCUGCAUCUAAAAAAUGGGGUUUGAUAAUAAUAAGAAUACCAUUAUGUUAUUAAUUGCAUUGGAGAAAUAUAUCGAACAUGAGAAUUACAAUGAGAAAACAUCAUUUGAUGGAUUUUUAGCAGCUGGUUCCACUGGAUUAAACAAAUGCAUUGGUAAUCUUUGUCAGUGACAUCAUGAUUGCUUUUGAACAUAAAGAAUAAAAUUAACUAGGCAUGUCAUACCCAAAUCUCAGAUACUUGCAGAUCAUUUCUAACAGCACAAUCUCAUUAAGCCAAGCCACCUUAGACCAUUCCAAUCACAUCAGUGACCACACAUAUAAAUUAUAUAUAUAUAUAUAUAUAUAUAUAUAUAUAUAUAUAUAUAUAUAUAUAUAUAUAUAUAUAUAUAAUAUAUAAUUUAAUGGUCAUAAUCUGUACCAUACUACGAAGCCCUUGUCUAGUAGUUUUUUUGUUUUGUUUUGUUUAAAUUGUCAUUUCAAAACUCCUAGUCAUUUUUUUUGUUACUUUUAAUUGAUUACUGUUUAAUUGAGUAUUGUACUAUACAUGUGCAGGUUACUGUUUGCAAUAAUAUUUAAAAUCUCCUAUGUGGAAAUGUAGUUUCUGCAGCUGCUAUCAGCAUAACUUUUAUUAUGUCACAGUGUUUUGGAUUAUAGGUCAUUUCAGAUUUGCAAGAGACUACUGUAUCGAAUUCAUGCUUCUGCAAUGUAUAGUUUUAUAUGUGAUUGCUUACUAGUCAUUUGCCAGUAGGAAUGAGAGCUAAUAAUUAUUUACUUCCUGGACCUACAUAUAAUGCACUGGCUAAAAUGAAGUACAUUCUAGUGACAUUUUAUAGAACAUUGACAUUGUAACUGUAAAUAUAAUCAGCAUACUGAUUCGGGUUUUGUUACUCAUAACAGUACUCUUCCUAUUUUUUUGUUUUUUACAUAAUUCAACCUGGGAUACAUAUUUGUAUUUUAUUAUUAUUAUUGCUUUUUUAAUGCAGCUGAUGACUUUUUUUUUACUCCUGCCUUCUGUGAUGUGGAAGACUGCUGACUUAGUUGUUGCACUAGAACUUUAUUUGUUAAUGUGGCAUUAGAAAUCAUGUCAAAUUAAAGUGACUAAGAAUCUUUCAGGUCAUCUGAGAAUACAGAAAACGUUCUGGACUUGUACUGACUUGAACACUGUGAUCUAAACAUGUGCAGUACCAUCCCUCUAUGAGCCACCACUGGUUGUGCAAUAUACUGUACCAGUGAAACUCUACACAAAGAUUACUUUAUUUCAAUACUUGAACAUAAGUGGAGGUUUUACACAAACUGUUAAAACAGUAGCAAUAAAGUUACAGUUGUUGUAUUUACUUAAGGCUAUGAAUAGUGGGAUGAACAAAAAGAAAAAAUCUUAUGGUGUAUGAAUGUGUGUUAUUUUUUUAAAAAAAUUUUUUUUAAUAAAUCAGUAUCCAGAGAUUAUGGAACAUUCCAGUAGCUUCAAUUGCUAAACUUAGCAGUUAAGUUAUUGUGAAUAAUAUUAAUAAAGACUAAUAAAUAAAAAAUACAACUAAAGAACAGUUCAAAUUUGUUUUAAAUGGUCUUUUCUGUCUUAUGUAUGUGUGAUUUUUCACAUACACGUAACCUACAGGGAGAAUUUAUCUACUGUUUACUGUAUGUCAGUCAUGCUACAUGGGCUGUAUAUGACUGAAGAUUGUCCCCUAAAAUGGGCAAGUGGUUAACUCUAUUUGAGGGAAAUGACCUGUUGGUGCACUGUUUUUUUUCUACAUUGCCCCACUGAGCUGUCUUUUUUAGCUCCACAAACCUGUAUAGUAGGGGGUGGGAGCAUGCUUAAGGUCCAUUUCACUAGCAUGAUGUCAUGAUGAUUUUUAUGUGCUGAUCUUGAAGAUCUUAAAGAUUUUGGCUUCUUGACAUUUGUUGAUUUAUUUGUCGAUAUUGUAAAUAUAACGUAAUAAAACAAUGACUGAUGCUAAAUAAACAUUACAUAUUUUGGUUGCA